UGUGUGUAUGAUUUUGUUUCCUGCACCAAAUUACAAUUAACACAUAUGGUCUGUCCUAUAUAAGCACAUUUUGUCUUCUUCAGCUGCGUGCGUGUCUGGACACAAGGCUGGUUGUCACAAUGUCCUCCUCAGAGCCCAAGGACGGCAAACCGUCCUCAAAACCCUUUUCUUUGUCGCUCUGUGGAUCUGGGUCUAACGGACAGUCGAAAAAGAGUGCGUUCAAUAUUCCUCCGUCGCGAGCAGCCGACCCGCCAACUCGAACGCUUGCGCGACGCCCACACCGGCUUCAUGACGAUGAGUCCGACGAGGAGGAAGCCCCACCGGCAUUCGAGGCCGUCGCGGGGUUCGACACCCAUACCGGAACGGUUCUGUCAGCCGAUGGACGGGUAGUGGACAAGGAGAAGCGCGAGCUGGUUAUACCGGUAACAAGCAAAAACAACUGGCGCGACCGCGUGGGGGCGAACAGAGGCACGCGGGGGAAGAACCUCCUCCCGAAGGAGGUACAAGCGAUGCAGGAAGCUGAGAGGCGAGGCGAGACUGCUGAGGGUAACAAUGAAGCGGACCGUCCGAGCAUGUCUUACGGUCUUAGCUUCGCGAAACCCUCUCAAGACGAAGAGACCAAACCGGGCGAGGACCAAGCGAUGAAGGAUGCGGGCCCGCUUAUACCUCCGGUCGUCGAUGAACGCAAGCCGCUAACGCAGGAUGAAAUUGCCCUGCAGGCGCUCAUUCGCGAGAGCGCAGGCGAGACGGAAGGUCGGACGGACUUGGUCAUCGAGAGUGCGAAGCGGGAAGCUGACGAGGGAUAUCCUGUGCGGCUCGACGAGACGGGCUCGUUCCGAGUUGAUGUGGCUUCGCGGCCUGAGCCGGCGACCCUGGACCAGUACAACGCGAUACCGGUGGAAGAGUUUGGUGCUGCACUCUUGCGUGGAAUGGGUUGGAAGGAGGGCCAGUCGAUCGGGCGGGGGAAGUACGGCCCUUCUGCUACGGAUGACAGGUCUCAGACACCCCGCAUACCCGAGCGGCGACCGGGCUUUUUGGGUAUCGGGGCGAAGGACGUUUCUGGUGGCAAGGGCGCGGAGGCUGAGCUUGGUGCGUGGGGUAGGGCUGCGAUGCGCAAAGGGGCUAGAAAAGCAGGGGAGGCCCAGGGAGGUGAAGGCAACACGCAAGGUGUCUACAUGCCUGUCCUGAUGCGGAAUAAGAAGACUGGUGAAUACAUCACGGAGGAAGAGCUCACAGCCUUGAAAAAGGAGGGUAAAGGAAAGAAAGAAGACGACGAUUGGCGGGAAAGACGAGACCGCAACCUUGAAAAGAGCGGACGUGACCGAGAUAGAGAUAGAGACAGGGAUGGGCAUUCUCGCCGGCGAGACUACGACGAUGAUGACAGCGAUCGAUCUGACAGACGGAGGACGGGUUCUUCACGGAGAGACAGAAGUUUGUCAUCCAGUGAUCGACAGUCCAGGCGGCGGAAGUACGAUGAUGAAGACGGCAGCGGGAGAGACGACCGUUACUAUCGCGAUAGAGAUCGAGACAGGGACCGGCGCGAUCGUGACCGCGAUCGUGAGCGGGAUAAAGAUCGGGAUCGGGAUAGAGAGAGGAGUCGCGACAGGAGCAGCAGGUAUCGGGAUGAUGACCGGUACCGCUCGAGACAUUCAUCCUCUCAUGCGUCUAGCCGGCACGGGCGUGACCGAGACAGCGAUCGAGAUUCUCACCGGAGAAGAAGACAUGAUUAAUGUCUGAGAAAACGUUGGACAAUGCUACGGAUUAAAUAGACAUAUGCGAGGGAAAGAAUGUGUACAUCAUAGUCGUGCUUAAGUUGCUUUGUAUGAUACCCCUGGUGGUUUGGGGCUCCAGAUAUCACACUCUGUCUAUAGAUGUUAGAUGGAUCUUCCCCAAAAUUGACCUAGAAGAGUCUUAAAA